CUUUACGAAAUUUUUAAUAAAUGAAUAAAAGACGUCUUGAAGACAGUGGAUUUGCUAAUGUUUUACGUCAAAAACAAAAGGAGGAUCCUUAUUUAAAGCAGAAAGCCGCUCAGCGUACCUUUGCUUUAUUAAUGGAAGCGCAACGAAAUAUAAGUAAUUUAAAAGACAAACCAACUAAUGAGCCUUCAUAUAAUUACUUUAAUAAUGACGAUAACCAGCCAUCAAAAACAUUAACUUGUUAUAAAUGUUCCAAUUCCUUUGUAUAUGGAAGAUGUUCAUUUUGUGAAAACGUACUAUGUCAAAAUUGCAUACAGCAAUGCAAUACAUGUCAGCAAUGCUAUUGUAGUACCUGUUCGAUAAUUGAUUAUUCAUUAUCUUCAGAUCAAAUAUUCUGUCUAUCUUGUAAGCAAGGUUAGAAGGCAUACCACCUUCUUCUAAAAACAAUCAUAUUCCCAAUUAUAUAUUUAUAUAUGCAUAUACAUAUUUAAAAAAAAAAGACAAUGUAUUGUAAUUUAAUCGAAACAUAUACAAAAAAAAAAGGCAAUAAAAUUCAAGUCUUUUUCUUAUUGUUAUUAUUAUUGAAGGAGACGAUAAAAAA